UCUGCUCUGCAAUUGCCCUGUGCGCGGGAGAGGUAGAGCACGUUGAUGUGUGUUUGUGUGGAUGUGUGUGUGUGUGUGUCAGAAAGAGGCGAGAGCGUGUUUAGACAGUGCUUAUGUUAUCUCCUCGUCUUCUCUCCUGCGUGGACACCAGCUUUACCUGGACCAGCUGGCUGCCUGAAGCAUAGCUGACGGGGGAGGGGGAUCUAUCUGUGUGUGCGUGUGUGUGUGUGUGUGUGUGUGUGUGUAUGUACAUGCGUGUGGGCGGGUGAAAGGGUGAGGGGCGGAGAGAUGAAAGGGCCAGGUGAGGAGGGGAGUCGGGUACCUCUCUCUCUUGCAUUCUGGUGCUCUCUCUCCCCCUCUUUUUAUCCUUCGCUCACUGGCACGCGACACUAACCCCGGACGCUCGAGAGGAGAUCCUCCCUGCUGGACCUUUCUACUACAACAAGCAUCUGUAGCUUCAGUUCCAUCAUGUCUCAUUUGGAGCUGCCGGAAUUUGAGCAAGAUGGACUUCCAGGGACUUUAGAAGUGAAUAUUUGAAAAUGAAACUGGAUGUUGUGAUUCUAAGAGUGCAGCCAAUCGCUUCAGCUCUACCACCAUGCCGUAACACCGCCAGAACUCCACCGUCGAGCUUUGCUGCUGGAUCUGAUUCUUCAGCAGGGGAGGAUGGGUUAUAGUCCCAUGAGAAUCACCUCCGCCCACAAUCCUCAUUCCAUCCUCUCAUGGAGCUUACAACUGCCUACAACACACUGUGGAACAUCACCCACGCCACCUCUUGGCGUCCGAACGUGACCCAGCCCAACACCUCAGGACUGAGUGAGCCCAGAGAUGGACACCUGCUCCAGACAUUUGCCCUGUGCACUAUGCUCCUGAUGGACAUAUUGGCUGUAGUGGGCAACUUAGCCAUCAUGACAGUCAUUGCCCGGACGCCUCGACUGCGUAAAUUUGUGUUCGUCUUCCAUCUUUGCCUGGUGGAUCUCAUUGCGGCUCUGGUGUUGAUGCCUCUAGGUAUGCUGUCAGGGCAGGGCUUUUUUAACGAGGCUCUGUGUCAGGGUUACCUGUGUCUCAGUGUGGGACUAAUCAGUGCUGCUAUCCUCACUAUCUCAGCCAUCAACGUAGAGAGGUACUACUAUGUUGUUCAUCCCAUGCGCUAUGAGGUGAAAAUGACUGUAGGCCUGGUGGUUUCAGUCUUAAUUGGAAUAUGGAUCAAAGCCACCCUUAUGUCUGCAUUCCCUUUACUCGGCUGGGUGCUUGAAAGAGAGGAGACAGGACCCAUGCUGGGGAAAGUUAUGGGCAAAAUCACUGUACCAAAGUGCUGCUCGCUCCAUUGGAUGGACGGAGGGCCCCAGUGGCUGGUGUUUAUGGUCCUUUUUACCCUUAUGUACUUCCUGUGUCCAGUUCUUGUCAUCUUUGUGGUCUACUGCAACAUGUUUAAGGUGGCCAGAGUGGCUGCCAUGCAGCAAGGUCCAGUGCCCACGUGGAUGGAAACUCCUCGGCCACGUUCCGAAUCUCUGAGCAGCCGUUCAAGCAUGGCAGCCAGCCUUAGCAGAGCUCGCACCACCCCUCAGAGGACUUUCAGUGGGGGAAAGGCUGCAGUGGUACUGGUGGCCGUGGGAGGUCAGUUCCUUGGGUGCUGGCUACCUUACUUCUCCUUCCACCUCUACUGCGCGGUUAUGCCGUCCCCUCUUGAAUCUCUCACUCGCAUGGCUCAACUGGAGGACGUGUUCACCUGGAUUGGUUACUUUUGCUUCACCUCCAACCCUUUUUUCUAUGGUUGUCUGAAUCGCCAGAUCCGGGAAGAGUUGGCCAGAAACCUGGCCUUCGUUUUCAAGUGGGGGCGUCCGGGCGAGGAGGAACAGCUGCCCAGCAGAGAGGCUUCUAUUGAGGAGAACUUUCUCCAGUUUCUUCAGGGCACAGGCUGCAAUAUGCGGCCGAGGAAUUCCCAAAGCAUGUCCAUUCCUCAACAGGAGGAGGACAAUCCACUCUCCAGCGAGCUCCACAGGCCAUCUAUCGACUUCCACAUUCCCGGCCAGAUCAUGGAGGAGACCUCAGAGUUCAUAGAACACCAACACACAAACGAUCUUAAUAUAUCAGACAAUUGUAUCAAGGCUAAAGCGGAACUGCAAGGUUGAUAUUUUCAAUUGUGAACUAUGUAUUUAAUUUAUCAUAUAUUGUGGCUACAUUUUGCCAUCUGAUCUUUUUUUAUACACUGCCCAAGAAUUUGUACAUAGCUUGUUUUAAAUGUUUGGUUUGUAGGUUUCUGUCAUGCUCAAAGAAUAUUUUCUCAUGAGGAAAUAAGUUACAUGCCAGUUGUUGAACUGAAAUGAUCUCAUUCCAGCAAAUUACCACUAGGCAGAAACUUAUUUACAUAGAUACAGCAACAUUUGUCCAAACAAUGUAACAUGAAAGAAACAUUGUGAUGUGGAAUUUGUAUUCAAAAUGCAGUACGAACCACAAGUGAUUGAUGUAGCUAAUUUAAAGGCUCCAAAUGUUCAUAAAUCAGUAUAUAAUUGGUUAAUAGCUCAAUAUUAUUGUAUCAAACAAAUUUGGAUUGUGAACAAAUAUUGAACCAAGGUUGUUUGUGUGGUGGGUAGAUUCAAAUGAUUAUUUAUUUGUUGUUGCUCCUUCAAUGGUGAAAUGCAGUGCUGCCGUAAAAUUAUGGCUAUAUUAUGGCAAUGGUGAAAUGUCAUAUUUCAAAAAGUUUUGUUUUCCUUGAAAAUUAAUUAAAAACAUUGAAACACACAGUGUAGUCUAUGAUAGUGGAAAAGGGCAUUCUUCCCUUGUUUGUAUAUUUAGGAAAAUCAAACAAGAGAGACAAUGAAGGCAUUUACAAUAUAAGAAAUGCUGUUGAGAACUCCAAAUGCAUAUCUUUAUUUCGGUCAUCUGCAAAAAUGAAGUACAUGGAAAAGAACCAAAUUGAACAACUGAAAGAACAGCCUUAACAGAAUGUGAUAUAAUCCUGAAAUUGCAGAGAGUUUAUCAAGACGCACAUUUAUAUGGCAUGCCUUUCUAAUCAGCCAUACAGAUACAAUCUUGGGUUGAAAAAAGUGAAGUGGGUUACAGAGAGUAAAAACUGCCUCAGUGUAUUCAGUCACAUUUUCUACACCUUGUGACAUGAAGAUGGCGGUUUCUACCCCAGGGCCUCUGGCUUGCUGAGGCACCUGAUCCACAAAAUGGCAGGGGGAAAUCAGAUAGUCUCUAACAAAAGGGUAACAAUCUGCAAUCAGCUGCAAACAUGUGCCACUACCAACGCCCUUCAAGACUUUGUUCACAUUUAUUUGAUUCACAAUGCUGCUUUUAUUUGUUCUGAUGAUUUAUUUUCAUUGAUAUGUGAAGAAGAUUCUACUACACCUGUAGGACUUUUGACUCAUGGGGUUAAGCCAGUCAAGCUCAGUCGACGGCAUUUGUUACAUAAUGUUGUUUACAAAAAUUAAUUUAGACUAUUCCUCCCUUUUGUUUAAAAAGCACAAAAUCUGGGUUCCAGUAUCGCACUUAAAUGGAAGUGAAUGGGGCCAAUCAGUAAACAUUAAAAUACUCACUAUUUCAAAAGUAUAGCCACAAGACAUAAACAACAUGCAUGUUAACAUGAUUUUAGUGUGAUAAAAUUGCUUACUAACCUUUUCUAUGUGAAGUUAUAGCCAAUUUUACAACUUCGUUGAAAUGACGAUGUAAUGUCAACAAACCAUAAAUCGACUGUAAAAAUAACAAUUUAAACAACUUUACAGUUCAAAUAUUAUAGUUUUAGUUAUAAUUUUAACAGAAGUUCUUUUAUAAAAUUGUAAGCUUCAAAUUUCUGCCUUUAAACCACCUACAAAUUGGCCUCAUUCACUUCAAUUGUAAGUGCCUAACCUCGAUUUUUGCUUUUUUUUUUUAAAGAAAAGGAUGAACGAGUCGAAGUAAAUUUUUGUUGUGAUCAAUUCAAUAUUAUUCCACAAAUGCUGACAAUUGAGCUUAACUUGUAAUGAACCAGGAACAUUCCUUUAAUGAUGCUUUUCAGAGGAUCCUAGAAAGGAUUAUGAAUUUUGAUAUAUCAACCAAAAAAGUAUCAUAUCUUUUUAUACGUACAUGAUAUUAUGGUCAUACCAGUACCAUGGUAAUACAUUUUUUUAAGUGCCCCGGAGUACCACGUAAAUAUCAUGGUAUAUGAAUAUGGUAACAAGUGGCAUAACUACAGACGGGUUAAAGAGGCCGGCUGAAUCAAUCUAGUACAGUACUGCCAAAGUAGUUUUUGUAAGGGAAGAGAUAAGGUCAAAAGCCAAUUUAAUAUCAUUCUUAACAUUACGGUGGUCAGAGAUAAAUUCCAAUUUUUUGCCAUAGAAUAAUUACAUAAUUCAAUACAGUCUCCUGCAUUAUUAAACAAAGCUGUGUUGUCUCUUAGUUGUUCUUGUGAUACAGAAAGACUCAACUCACUGUCAAUGGCCUUUUGUUUGUGGGUAAAUCCAGCAUGCUGUCCAUGCAGGAAGACAUCUCUCCACACUUUUUUAAACUACAAGUUAUAAAACAUAAAAUCAGUUUCAUUGUGCUUGUGUUUUCCUUUCCCAAACAUUUUUAACCUAUUUCUUUAUCAUAGCCAACUUAAAUCAUAUGCUCAACAUCUAGAAAACUGUAGUGGGAAGCUUUUUGAGAGUUUGAAGUG